AUGAAGCUCAUCACUGUCGCCCUCACUGGGCUGGCGGCGCUCGUCGCUGCCUCGCCGGUCGAGACUACCACCGCUGCUGCGGCUUCUGUGUACGAGAACGAUGAUGUUCACACGUACAAGUGUGACAGCGACAAAUAUGUCCUCUCUUGCCUCCGCUCGGGCACCUGCUCUUUCGUCGAGGAGUGUUCCUUCAAGUGCGCCAAGAACACCAAAGGCGCUUGGUGUACCGGUUCGGUGACUGCUACCAGUGUUGAGGAUCGAGAUGUUGGUGGCCCUUCAGCUAUGCACUUGAGCAACGACGAAGUCAAGUAUUCCUGCACUAAAGAUGAGUGGAUCCUCGCCUGUCCCGUCAACGCCGCUUGCGCUACCAUUGAGUAUUGCCUGGUCAAAUGCAUCGCGAAUGAGCGAGGUGCUGAGUGCUCGCCCGGUACAUCCGAGAAGCGUGACGUCGAUUCGGAUAUUCAUAUCGAGGACAAGAAGACCUACGAGUGCGCCAAGGAUCGCACUGGUGUCUUGGUCUGCCAGUAUGGCUUCUGCCAAACCGACCACUACUGCAAGAAGGGAUGGAAGUGUCGCGACAACUGCAACUGCUGCAAGAAGCCCAGCAUGUUCGACCGAGACGUCGACGACGCCGACACUACUGAGGCACCUCCACGGUCCAAGGACGCAUCUAGCAAUGCCCCCACCGUCGUCGAGUCGGACACUUUGGCCAAGCGUGAUCCUACCUGUGCGCCUGGAACCUAUACCUGCCUGGAAUCCGCGUCAACGGGUGCCUGGAUCAUGACCUGCGACUACAAGGGUGCGUGGCAGUACUCGUCGAACUGCGGUACUAUGAAGUGCCUCGAGCGAGACGAUGGAGCCGCCCAUUGCUGGAACCCAGGACCGGAGUGGAACACGGAUCCGGCAGCCGCUAAGCGUGAGGCUUCCUGCAUGCCUGGGACCUAUUCCUGCCACGAAGACGCGUCAACGGGUACCUGGAUCAUGACCUGCGACUACCGGGGCAAGUGGGUGCAAUCUGCCAACUGUGGAGAUUUGAAGUGCCUCGCGCUAUCCAAUGGUGCCGCGCAUUGCUGGAACCCAGGACCAGAGUGGGACACGACAAAUGGAGCUCGCGAUGAACCAUCCCAAGUUUCAUCGCGUGCUGCUCCAUCUCUGUCCUGUGAGCCUGGAGUAUUCGGUUGCGGCUUCAACUCUGCCACAGGAACCAGCUGGCCGGAUGCGAAGCCUACCAUUGGAGCCCGCGACGAGCUUCUCCAAGUCCCAUCAGAGCUGGCUCCAUCUAUGUCUUGCUCACCUGGAUCGUUCAACUGCGCUUAUAAUAACGCGACCCAGACGGAAUGGACUGUCACUUGCGAGCAGUCUGGAUCCUACUGGCAGUGGUCUGCCGACUGCGGUAAGGGUUGGAAGUGCGUUUCGGACGGUCGUGUUGCACACUGCGUCCCAAAACAAGCUUUAUUCGAAGCCUGGGAAGCUUGGGAGGCCACCCAGACCUCUACAUCGACUCUCGAGGUUGAGGCUUCAGCAAAGGCUUGA